AUGGAGGGAAGCGGAGGUGGUAGUGGUUCGGUGGCCACGCAUGUAAAACAGCGAACACAUGAGGCAUGGAGGAUUUGCCAAGGUUAUACAGACAAGACUAGGCCUCAUCCAACGUAUAGAUGGAUUGGCACUCUUGUGGUCGUGCUUAUCUACUGUUUGAGGAUUUACUAUCUUAAGGGAUUCUACUACAUCACCUGUCUUCUUGGAGUCUACCUUGUGAUUCUGUUUGUCGACUUCGUGACCCCUCUUUACCUUCCUGAUGAUGAUGAUGAUGAUGAUGAGGACUCUGAUGGGCCAACUCUUCCUAUUAGAGCUUCUGAUGAGUUUAAGCCUUUUAUUCGCUUUCUCCCUGAAUUCAAAUUCUGGUACUCCACGACAAAUGCUAUCUGCAUCGCCUUUCUCAUAACAUUCUUCUCGGUGUUUAAUGUUCCUGUCAACAACUGGCCAUUCCUACUAGUUAUCGAUUGGGUCGCUUGCUUUCUUAUACUGAUGAAUAAGCCGGUCGCCCACAUGCAAAAGUACAAUUACAGCCCUUGGAACUUCGGCAAAAAGGUUGACUCGAUUGCUCUUAAUUAUGAUUUAUAA